AGGGAUUAGCAGGAGCGAGCGGUAUAAAGGCAGCGUUACAAGGACCACGGUACCUGUAGAGCUCUUAUGAACAGAGCCUGGCUUACAAAUGACUGCCGCACAGUUUUGUGUUGCUUUCUGCUCCCAGCGUGCCGUUUCCCUGAAUAAAAGGACUUGUGAAAAGCAGCAGAGCACCAGCUCAGCAAAGGAGCUGCAGAAGCUGUACAAUGCCACUUCUAAGAGGUGAGGAAUAAUUCUUUGGUGGAUUUGGUCCUUGUAUUCUUCAUCUUCAGUAGUUCCUCUCGCCGGCACUGCCCUCAUAUGCCUAGUCAAGGCUCAUCUCUCUGUGUGCCCUCCUCCAGUGACUGUCAUCACUGUGACAUGCUGCUUCGAAAACCCUCUGUCAGCCGUCGAAUGGCUCAUUCUGGCUCUUAGCUGUGGAUGAGGCAGGGACAUGGAGAGAUGAAUGAAACUCUCCUGGUGGCGGUGGGAGUAAGCCUCGGGGCACCCGGACGUAUUCCCUGCCAAAGGAAGAUGGAGAUGUUUAUUCAUGGAGAACAGUCCGACUGACCUUGACUGGGAGAGGAUUGGAUGGCUUCUCAACACACGACCUCUUUGACUUCCUUUUGUUCAACGAUGUUCCUGAAGUGAGAGUUUUUGCCCGGGAGGUUAACGCUUUAACAUUUAGAGGUGGCUAAACAGAAACCUCAGGAGCCAGCCGAUUGAUCGCUGGGAACCUGGCACCAUGGCUGACUCUCACUUGUCUAGCUCCGUAGGAAGCUACAACGGCAGCUUUCCCACCACCAGUGCUUGGAAUAUCACCGGCAGCGGCCCGUGGUUGUUGGCCUUCAUGCUGACUGUCAUCAUCCUCAUGACAGUCUGUGGCAACAUGUUGCUCAUCGCGCUGGUGUUCGCCCAUCGCUCUUUGCGUUGUACCUCAAACUGCUUCUUGGUGUCUCUGUUCCUGUCCGACCUGAUGGUGGCACUGGUGGUGAUGCCCCCGGCCAUGCUCAACGUGCUGUGCGGGGCCUGGGUGUUGUGGCCUGCCUUUUGCCCCAUUUGGCUUUGCUUCGACGUCAUGUGCUGCAGCGCGUCCAUCCUCAACCUGUGUGUGAUCAGCCUGGACCGAUACCUCUUCAUCAUCUCACCGCUGCGCUACAAGCAGAGGAUGACCCCACCUCGGGCGUUACUCCUCGUGGGAGCCGCUUGGGGGUUGGCAGCCCUGGCCUCGUUUCUGCCCAUUGAGAUGAAAUGGCACAGCUUAGGCCUCGGGAGUGGACACCCGUCCAUUCCUGGGGUCAGCGGUAGCAACAUCAGUUCCUACUCUGACACACUGCACCCAGCGUCCUACUUUCAAGUGUCACCAUCAGGAGGCCUUUCCUUCCAGUGCCGCCUGCGGGUCACCUUGCCCUUUGCCUUCGUGGCAUCUGUGCUCACCUUCUUUUUGCCCUCCAGCGCCAUUUGCUUCACCUAUUGCCGGAUCCUUCUGGCAGCACGGAGGCAGGCGAAGAGGGUAGCAGCACUGAGCCACCCACCGCUCCCACAUCCCUCUCUCGGGGAACCUUCCCGGCCCCCUUCACCUGGGAUUGCGGCAGCACAAGCUCAGCAGGACGGAGAUGACUGCAGGUACCAGGAGCCUCCUGUGUCACAAAAUGUACCGCCGUCAGUGAACAGUGAGCGCCGCCUGGCUCACAGGCAGGGUCGGAGGGCACUGAAGGCCAGUCUGACACUGGGAGUUCUCCUGGGACUCUUCUUCAGCGCUUGGCUGCCCUUUUUCAUCACCAACAUGGCUCAGGCAGUGUGCGAGUGCGUCCCUCUUGCCCUCUUCGACGCCAUCACCUGGUUGGGCUACUGCAACAGCACAAUGAACCCAAUCAUCUACCCGCUCUUCAUGAGAGACUUCAAGCGAGCUUUGGGGAAGCUGUUGCCCUGCUGUUCCUCGCAGUCGCCCAGACGACCCUCGCCGGCGCUGUCGCUCUCUCUACGCAACUCAGGAGAGCCUAACAUUGCUAUCAGCCCCACCUCUCCCUUGGCCUCCGACCCCACCCACCCUCCUGCCACCGCCACUGAUGCUGUCAACCUGCUUGACGCUGAGCAUGCUGGGAUUGAGCUGCCUAUGCUUUUGCCCAAUCAGGUCGACAACCUGGAUUGAACAGAAGUUAAAAAAAUAAAAUAAAGGUCAGUUAA